AUGAGCAAGCGCCAGGCCUCUGAGGCGCUAGAGUCGCUCAGCGGCGUGGCGUCACCGGCGUCCAAGAAGUCACGAAUGGAAUCGGCGACGCCUCCUCCCUCGCUGGACACAGCAGCACAAGCAUCGUCAUCCUUGCCAAAUCAACGACCAGACCAAGACGAAGACGAAGACGAAGACGAAGACGGAGAUGAUGAGCCGGACGGGACGACGGCCGCAGCCGGACAGGGGCCGAGGCCGAUCCGACAGACGGCACCGACAGACGGCUACGCGGACCUGUACCUCGACACGAUCGACCGCAACGUGCUAGACUUCGACUUUGAGAAGCUGUGCUCGGUGUCGCUGAGCAACAUCAACGUGUACGCGUGCCUGGUGUGCGGGCGGUACUUCCAGGGCCGGGGGCCCAAGUCGCACGCGUACUUCCACUCGCUGGACGAGGACCACCACGUGUACAUCAACCUGGAGACGCAGCGGGUGUACGUCCUGCCCGAGGGGUACGAGGUGCGCAGCCAGGCCCUCGACGACAUCCGGUACGUGGCCGACCCGCGGUACACGAGGGCCGAGGCCGCGGCCCUGGACAGGCCGCGGCCCGACGAGAGGAGGAGCGUCACGCUCUCCGGCAAGGAGUACACGCCCGGCUUCGUGGGCAUGAACAACAUCAAGGACAACGACUACGUCAACGUGGUCGUGCAGGCCCUGGCCCACGUCGGCCCGCUGCGCAACUUCUUCCUGCUCGAGGACCUGGCCGGCCGGUCGGAGCUGGUGCGCCGGUGCAGCGCCCUGGUGCGCAAGGUCUGGAACCCCCGCGCCUUCAAGGCCCAGGUGUCCCCCCACGAGCUCCUGCAGGAGGUGGCCCUCCGGUCCGGUAGGCGGUUCACGCUGACGGCCCAGUCCGACCCGGCCGACUUCCUCUCCUGGUUCCUCAACAACCUCCACCUCGGCCUGGGCGGGUCCAAGACGAAGCCGGGGAGCUCCAUGAUCCAGCGCACCUUCCAGGGCAGGCUGAGAGUGGAGUCCCAGGCCAUCACCGCGGCUCGCGACGGCGACGGAACCGGCACCGGCGCCGGCACCGGCGCCGGUGACCGCCUCCGCUUCGAGGACGCGGCCGAGCUGCGCGUCGACGUGGCCCGCUUCCUCCUCCUGACCCUAGACCUGCCCGACGCCCCCUUGUUCCAGGACGAGCUGGAGCGCAACAUCAUCCCCCAGGUGCCCCUCCCGUCCAUCCUGUCCAAGUACGACGGCGUCAGCACGCAGGAGCACCACGCCCAGCGGAAGCGCUACCGCCUCCUCCACCCCCUGCCGCCCUUCCUCAUCUUCCACGUCAAGCGCUUCUCCCAGAACAAGUUCGUGUCGGAGCGGAACCCGACCAUCGUCAACUUCGACCCCCGCAACCUCGACAUGUCCCCCUACGUCGAGCCCGACCCGGCCCACGCGCCGCCGUCGGAGCCCAUCUGGUACGACCUGGUCGCCAACGUCGUGCACGAGGCCGUCCGGCUCAAGGACGACGUCGCCGACACCGCGGACGAGAAGAAGACGUGGAAGGUCCAGGUCAGGGACAAGGCUACCGGCCGAUGGGUCGUCUGCCAGGACCUCUUCGUCGACGAUAUACAGCCCGAGAUGCUGUACCUCGGUGAGGCCUAUCUCCAGAUAUGGGAGAGGCGACGUACUCCUUCCACGGUUGUCAAGGGCAAGACUACUUCUUAG